GAUUCAACAAGGCUAGAAGUUUACGUUUGUGUAUAUCCUUAAGAUUUAGUAAGAUUGCAGAUUUUAGUACAAUAUACAACUUAAGCAUUCUCCCACUGACUAUAAAUCAAUAGAAAAACAGACAAAAAUGGCACCAAAGAGAAAAAAGAAAACCGGGAAACUAACAAAAAUGACUGAUGAAGAGAGAGCGAUUUUCCUUGAACAACAAAGAGUUGCUGAAGAAGAACUAAAAACAAAAAGAUGGCACUGUUAUCUCAAUAUCUACAAGAUAAACUUAUUCAUGAAGAAAAGUUUACUAAACUUAAUAAAGCAAAACUGACACAUUAUUGGCGAACUAUUAUGAGAGAGACGAAGUCAAAAGAAUUGAAAAGAACUAUAGAAAUAUUAUCACAAACAUUUGAAAGAAUUAUGGACCGAAAAGAAAGUAUCAUCAAAACACUUGUUGCGGAUCUUAGUGAGGCAGAUGAACAGCAUUUGAUGGCUCUGCGUUCUCAUCUACAGAAUGUAGAUAUUUUAAUAGAUUUACAAAAUCAAAGAUUACAUAAAUUAAAAACUAAUUAUGAAAAGGAAUUGCACUCUUUGGUAGAAGAAUUCUUAAAAGAAGAAAACUUUACUAAGCAACAACACGAUAAACAAGUCAAUGACUUAAAAGAUAUAUUUGUUGCACUGGAUUCUACAUAUACUGCCAAAGCACAUGAAGCUGUAAUUGAUCAGACUAGUUUGAAGGAUGAUCUGAAGAAUAAAAGUUUGGAAGAAAAACAUACAUUGAGAAUAAAUUUGGAGAAUAAGGUCAAUAGUUUGUGGUCUGAAUUCAAACAGGCUUCCACUCAAUACACAACAACUACCAAUGAAAAAAAGACAUCUUUCGAAAACUUAAAAGCAAAAGAUGAACGUUCAGCUGCUGAAAUUCAAUUACACUUAAACAAAAUCCAAAAAAUCAAUGAUAAUAUAUCGGCUACUAGACGUCGUAUGUUAAAAAUAUCUAAAGAAUAUGAAGAAAAAAAUCGUAACUUAAAAGAAGAACGUGAUAAGUUAGUUGUUCGAUUUCAAGUCUUGAAGAUACAAAUCAAUAAAUUACGUGAUCUACAACAUGAAAAACUGGUUAAAAUGUCAGUUGAAAGUGGGGAUGCUAUAAAAAAGGUUCAAUGUUUAUUGGCAAAAGCAGAGAAAAUUAUUAAGUUAGGUGAACAGUGCAGAAAGUAUGAGACAGAAGAGGAAAAAGUUACACCAUUCUAUUCAUCAUCUUUAUCAGCGGAAGAAGAAAGUGCUGUGCAAGAAUCGUUCGAAAAAGAACAGAAUGAAGAGAUGAUGAAGAUAUUAAAACGAUGCCUUCCACUUGAAAUGUUUUGGAAAAGAUUUAAUAAAGUUCAAUUAGAUCGUUUAGCAAUAAUUAAAGAACACAAUAUGUUAGAACAAGAAAACAUUCAAUUAAAAUUAUUAUUGAAACAAUAUUUAGACGGUAUAUCAGUUAAUAGUGAAGUUAUAUCUGGUGAUAAUUCAUUAAUUGUUAUAAAUGGACGAUCAAAUUUAAAACACAUGAGUAUAAUAGAUGAUCCACGAAUCAGAUUGAUAUCUACUGAUGAUGACAGUGUACAGCCGAAAGAAAUGAUAAACUAUGCUACUACUCCCGCCGCAGUUGACUAUCGAAUAAGACAGACAACUUAG